CAUCAGCCGCUGACCUCGAGCUCAAACGUCCCUUUGACACCAUGGCGCCAACCCCAACUCUCCCCCUGGGCCUGACGCGACUCAUCCCGCGCCAACAGCAGCCCACCGCCACCGUUACCGUCGUCGUCAACUCCGCCGACGACUCAAGCGACUUGAACCUCUCAGGCGGUGCCAUAGCCGGCAUCGUGAUCGGCAUCAUCGCCGGCGUCCUCCUGCUCUUGUUGUUCAUGGAGGCGUGGGCGCAGCACCGCGGCGGCCCGCCCGACCCGAGCCGGCAGGGCUGGUACGACGACACCGUGCCGCUGCCGCCGGCCCGGCCGUGGUCGAGGUCGCGCUCGAGGUCGCGCUCGGCCUCGUACGGCAGCAGGCAUCGCCAUCGUCAUCACCACGGCCGCUUCUGGCAAAGUUGGCGCCGCAGCAGGCAUCGGUCGUCGACGCCGCGGCCCGUCGUGCUGGAGGAGAAGGUUAACUGUGCCGUGCCGAGGUGGCCGUCGGCGACGCAUGUCUAUGAGCCGGCGGCUGGGGAGAAACGGUCGAGGAGUCGGAGCCAGGAGGGGCAUUAUGUUAGUGGGUGAUCGAUGCAGGGUGGUUUGGCGGAGGCAAUAAUGCAAGUAAUGUGGUCAUGAGUAACGGUACAUGAUUUGAUUUGAUGUUUCGACUGCGAGCAUGUUGUACAUGCUCAGGCAGCGUUAUGUGUACUUUUGGUGGUCCUGGCUGGCAGAGCGUAAGCACAAGUUGGAGCAGGCUGGCGAUUGUGCGAAUGCAUGUACAAC